AUGAGGAGGAGGAAGAAGACGGUGCGGUACUCCGCGGUGGAUCUCAGCUUCUCGGCGACCCUUCCGGGGGACGCCCACGGGAUCUUCGCCGACGCCUUCUGCGCGGUCCAGUGCUCGUUUGACCCGGUGCGGGACUUCCGGGAGUCGAUAACGGAGAUGGUGACGGCGGUCGGCGUACGGAGCUGGGAGGAGAUGGAAGAGCUGGUCUACUGCUACGUAGCGCUGAACCCGCCGGACCUUCACGGCUUCAUCGCCGACGCCUUCUGCAGCGUCUGCAGCUGCCGUCAGAGGAGUUAG